AUGCGGUCGCUGUGUUCAAGUAAAUGCCGUACUCUACGCCUGACUUUAACAGCAAGUGUGUACUUCAUGUUGGAACUUUCCACGUGCACCGCAGGGAAAUGUGGACUUCAAACGACUGAGAAAAUGACGUUCGGUUCUAUCACUAUCAGGAACACCGGCAUGAAGUUGUGCCAAGUUAGAUCGCCACGGAGACACUCCCGACGAUUUCGAAGAGAGGACGUCAAACUGCUCAAGGCUUGCAAGUAUGGGACUCUAGACAAUGUAAGACAAAUCGUGUCUCGGGACCGGGCUAAUAUCAACUAUAGAGGUCCCCUUGGGCUGACACCAUUGAUGAAUGCGGCACAACGGAAAGGGAUGCAAGACAUGAUAGAGUUUCUGGUGAGGAUUGGGGCUAAUGCAUCAGUCAUUGAUGCCAACGGUGACACCAUCCUCCAUCAUGCUUGCGUUGGAGCAGAUGAGGAGACAGUGAAAUAUUUCAUCUCACAGGACAUUGUAGACAUCAACUGUAGAGGGUACCACGGCAGGACACCGGUGAUGAAUGCAGCCGAAGCGGGGAGUGUUGAAGUGGUUAAGCUACUGGUGAGUGAAGGAGCCGAUUUGUCACUCGUCGAUACCGAAGGCAGCACCAUCCUUCAUGGGGUCUGUCGUAGAGGGCACUCGGAGGUGGCGUCGUAUAUUCUCACACAGAACAGGAUAGACAUCAAUGCCAGGGAUAUGGCGGGGAGGACACCGCUGGACUUGGCGAAAACGCCACGGAGACACUCCCGACGAUUUCGAAGAGAGGACGUCAAACUGCUCAAGGCUUGCAAGUAUGGGACUCUAGACAAUGUAAGACAAAUCGUGUCUCGGGACCGGGCUAAUAUCAACUAUAGAGGUCCCCUUGGGCUGACACCAUUGAUGAAUGCGGCACAACGGAAAGGGAUGCAAGACAUGAUAGAGUUUCUGGUGAGGAUUGGGGCUAAUGCAUCAGUCAUUGAUGCCAACGGUGACACCAUCCUCCAUCAUGCUUGCGUUGGAGCAGAUGAGGAGACAGUGAAAUAUUUCAUCUCACAGGACAUUGUAGACAUCAACUGUAGAGGGUACCACGGCAGGACACCGGUGAUGAAUGCAGCCGAAGCGGGGAGUGUUGAAGUGGUUAAGCUACUGGUGAGUGAAGGAGCCGAUUUGUCACUCGUCGAUACCGAAGGCAGCACCAUCCUUCAUGGGGUCUGUCGUAGAGGGCACUCGGAGGUGGCGUCGUAUAUUCUCACACAGAACAGGAUAGACAUCAAUGCCAGGGAUAUGGCGGGGAGGACACCGCUGGACUUGGCGAAAAGUAAAGAUAUGCAUGAUCUUCUUGUAUCACAUGGCGCUCACCAUAUGUAA